AUGGAAAGCCCGACCGAGAACCCAACCAGGGCUGCGGAGUAUCUGAAGGAGCUUAAUAACAUUAUCGAGACCCAACAGGAGUUACUGGAGAGGCACAAGACUAGGAUAGAGGAGCUGGAGCUGCAAGUUUCCGACUUGUGUUCGGAAAACGCCUGCUUGAAAGACCAGUACCAGCGGCACCUGGCUACGUGUAGGCUGCUGCAACAGGGCAACAGCCACGCAACGUUAGGCGUUAUAAAGGAAAACAUCACCCAAGAAAAGUAA